AUGAAAGUGAAUUGAUGUCAAAACUUAAACAGCUUUCAAACACUUGAAACCUGCUCCAAGAAAUAUUUUUGAAAAAAAUGAAAUUCUGUGCCGUAUUCGCUGUCAUCUUUGUAGCUGUCUGCUGUUUUGCCGGCCAGGCUACAGCUUUGCCCGCAGAGGAAGCCAACUUUGUCCAUGGAGUUGACGCCCUAAAGACCCUGGAACCGGAGGUUCAUGGUCGCUACAAGAGAGCCACUUGUGAUUUAUUGAGCGCUUACAAAGUUGCCCAUAGCGCCUGUGCUGCCCACUGUCUGUUGCGCGGUAACCGUGGUGGCUACUGCAACAGCAGGGCUGUAUGUGUUUGCCGUAAUUGAAGGGGUUUCUGUUAAAACAUAUUUUGGAUUUCGAAAUAAAUCAUAAACGUAAAGGAAGACA